AUAAACAGGUCACUUCUUACUCCAUGUACUGAGAUUCCUCCUCUACAGAGGCCUUUGCUUUCUUCUCCAAACCUAAUCCAUAGGAACAAAAGGAGCAAAGCUUCCAAAGGUUGACUUGGAGUUGUAAGGAAAGGUUGUAGAAGGAGCGAGAAAUCUGACAAAAUAAGUGAGCCCAAAGAGUUCAGGCAUCUGUGGAAGAUUGUUUCAGAGCCCGAUGGUGCAGCAUACGAUGGAGGGAAGCACUAGUUGUUGGAGCAUUAUAAGGCCACAUCCUGAGCAUAAUUCCUCUCUCCUAUCCUCUUCUUCUUCCUCCUCCUCUUCAUCUCCUUCGGUCCACCCUCAGUACUUACAUCCCUCCAGUAUGCUCCCAUUAAUGACCGUUUGCCAUGAUACCCAAGACCUGCCGGAGUCAUGGAGUCAACUCCUGAUGGGAGGAUAUGUGGGGGACGAAGAAAAGUACAUCUCGGCACAUCUCCAGACUAAAAUGAUAGCUAACUGGGAAACCCAGUUAUUGUGCCCAUCAACAGCUGGACAUAUGGCUGAUAUGAAGCAAGAACACUUUGGUUGCCAUGGGAUUGAAGAUGCACAGGAAUCCAAGUAUACAUGGAAUCAACUUCUGCAAACUUUCUCUCCUAGAUCUUGUGUCCCGACUAGUUUCAGCAGGAACAUGGUGGACUUCUCAAACAAAAGAUCAGAAAGAGCGGAGAAUCAACCAGAGAAUCCAUCGGAGUGCAACGGCACUGCAACUGGUGCAGUUGUCAAGAAGGCUAGGGUUUUGGGCUCCUCCUCCUCCACCUCUCAAUCUGUUUUGAAGGUGAGGAAGGAGAAGUUAGGGGAUAGAAUAACAGCGCUUCACCAGCUUGUUUCCCCUUUCGGGAAGACUGACACUGCGUCUGUAUUGCUUGAAGCCAUUGGCUACAUCAGAUUCCUCCAGAGUCAAAUUGAGGCUCUGAGCUCACCGUACUUGAGCAGUGGAUCAGGGAACAUGAAGCAGCCCUUGUCGAAUGAAGGUGGAGUGAAGAGAAGAGAAGGAGGACAACCUGAUCAGGAAGGCAGUGAUGAGGCACAAAAGGACCUGAGGAGUAGAGGACUUUGCCUGGUUCCAGUUUCCCUCAUCUUGCAUGCCGACGAAAGCGAUGCCGGGGGAGACCACUAUUGGGGGGCGCCGACGCUUCACGGGGCUUUCUGAUGGACGCCAUGCUUGCUUGAAGGUUCUGCAGUUGACGUGCAUAUCAUCAUUAGCAGUCACUCUGUUGGGAACUGAAGGCUGAUUGCUCAUGAUAGUAUGCAGAUGUGUGGAGAACCAGCAAAGCAUCACAUAUAAUAACGAGAAACCCCUCUUUGGGAGUUCCCAUCCUUUGUUUAACCUCUAUAAACUAUGUUUGAGAUUGAUCAUUGGUAAGUGUUUCGAACGCCAUCCGGAUGCAACUAUAUAUUAGGGUUUAGAUGGUCAUCUCUCCCAGAGAAUUGCCUGAAAGCUUGAGUGUUCUCAUGCUUGGAACUGCCCAAGUUUUAACAUGGACGAGGUAUUGCAUUGAUGCAGAAGAUCAUAGUAUUAUUUAUGCCCUUUCUGUA